AUGGAAGUAUUCUGUGACAACCAGCCCAGUGCCACAGCAAAAAUAUUUGCUGAAUGGUUGAAGGAGCACAGGCGGGUGGUGCCGAUCAGAAAGAAUGGCGAAGGAACCGACCUGUUUGCAGUAGCAGUUCAUGAGUUUGGCCACGCCCUAGGCCUUGGCAACUCUUCUGCUCCCAACUCCAUUAUGAGACCCUUCUACCAGGGCCCGGUGGGUGACCCUGACAAAUACCGCUUGUCCCAAGAUGACCGUGAUGGAUUGCAGCAGCUCUAUGGGAAAGUGUCCCAUACCCCGGGUGACAAGCCCACAAGGAAACCCCUGGCUUCCCCUCCACAGCCUCCAGCCUUGCCCCCUGACAGGCCCUCCACACCUGUGCCUGAUCGCUGUGAGGGCAAUUUUGAUGCUAUUGCCAACAUCCGAGGGGAGAUCUUCUUCUUCAAAGGCCCCUGGUUCUGGCGCCUCCAACCCUCAGGACAGCUGGUAUCGCCCCGUCCAGCUCGGCUGCACCGCUUUUGGGAGGGGCUGCCCGAACACGUGAGGGUCAUCCAGGCUGCUUAUGCCCGUCCCCGAGAUGGCCGAAUCAUCCUUUUCAGCGGUGGGUAG